AUGAAUCUUUUGGCUAGUUAUUUUGUUUCUUGUGAACGUGAAAGAAAUCGAUUACGUGCACAAAAAACAAUUGAAAUUACACCGAAUAUGUAUCGUUCACUUGGGUCAUCAUCAUUUAUUCCAGGACAUCUUCAAUCAAUUUGGAGUAAAGAAUAUGCUGUUCGUUCUGUCCUAUUUUCAUUAACAUCAACACAAAUUAAUCAACAGAUGUUUUCUACACCAUCAUCACCAAGAAAAAUUCGAUCAAAAUCCGAUUCAUGA